AUGAUCAACGCCGUGCUCGUCUUCAACAACGCCGGCCAGCCGCGGCUGACCAAGUUCUACACUCAGCUGGUACGUAUCGGCAUCGUGCAGCAGCGCCUCAUCUCUGAGAUCUUCACUCUCGUCGCCAACCGCCCGAACUCGGCAUGCAACUUCCUCCCACUACCGCCGCUCCUCGCUAGCGCCUCCAAAUCCUCCACUCCGACCACCCAGCACAACGACACUCCCUCGCUCGUGACGUACCGGCACUAUGCCACUCUCUACUUCAUCGUCAUCAGCACCUCUACAGAAUCACCCCUCGCCCUUCUCGACCUCAUCCAAGUCUUUGUACAGGCGCUCGACGGCCUCUUCGAAAAUGUCUGCGAGCUCGACUUGAUCUUCAAUUUCGAAACGCUACAUGCCACUCUGGGAGAGAUGAUAGUGGGCGGUGUCGUUGUCGAAACUCAACUCGAGCAUGUCAUCAAGGGCGUCAAGGCACAAGGCAGAGUCGCAAAGAGGCCGGUGAACGAGAGCAGAGGGGGAGGCGGCAAAGGCGGGCUCGGUGGCUUGACUUUUGGUGGACUUGGAAGAGGUGGUGGCGAGGGCAUCUGGACCGGGCGAUGA